CCGCCGCCUCCCGAGAAGAAGGUCCAGUUCAAGUUCGAAGACGAAGUGGAGGCCUUCUACAGCGACGGCUGGUGGGAAGGGGCUAUUAUUGCGGAGCACUCCGGCGGGAAAUUCGCGGUGUUCCUCAGAGGCUUUGACGAGCAGAUUGUGUUGGAAGAGAAAGAUUUGAGGUUGCCUGUUCAGUGGGUUCAAGGGAAGUGGGAGCCGCGAUUCGAACAGGUUCAGCGGGAGAAAGAGAACUCAAACUUUUCCAAGGAAGUGAUGAAGUUCACUCAAGGAAUGCAAGUCGAGGUGCUAACUGACGAAGACGGUUUGAAAGGUGCUUGGUUUGCUGCAACAAUUAUUGAACCUUCGGGCGAAGACAAGUACCUUAUUGAGUACUUGUCCCUGAGGAAUGAUGAUGAUACUGAGUUUCUCAGAGAAGUCAUUCGUGCUUGCAACAUAAGGCCUUGUCCGCCGGAGAUCAUUGUUGUGGAUGGAUUCAAGGUGUGGGAUGCAGUAGAUGCUUACUACAACGAGGGCUGGUGGGUUGGCGUGAUUGCAAAGGUCUUGAUCAACUCCAAUUACGAGGUUAACUUUAUAGAGUAUGAUAAGACAACGUUCAAUCAGGCUGAUUUGAGGCCACAUCAGGACUGGCUAAACGGCAAAUGGGUUGUUCCUUAA